CGAAACCCGAUCCGCGGAGUCGGAUCUUUUGUGCUGCUGCCUCAACGCUUGCAGACUGAACUUGUCUCGAGAUUGAGAAGGCAACCUUUGCGAAUUUUAAAGCAAUAAACAAAAGGGAAUGGGAGUGUGCACGCAACAAAUGGACAACGUGGGAAAGCGUCGAUGCACGCGGAUGAUGAAAAGAGACUGGAGUUCAUAAAAAUUGACAACGAACGCUUCCUCGAGCGAGUGGGAUAAACCCGUAUUACUUUCACACAUUUUUAUUAGGUAGAGUGGAUUACUGAUGUUGCAGCUUACUGCCUGAACUCGACGUAAAACCAGAGAGCCCUCCUGUAAAACAUGGUGAGAGGGGCUCUUGCAACAUUGCUGCCAGCAUGGACCACUCUAAUUAAAGUGAACGUGAUGGGGAUGAUAAUUGUAUUACACAUAGCAAUGAUGGAACACUCGCAUUGACGAAGACUAACCGCAUCCAUCUUCAGUGCGCUGCAGCCAAUCAGCAUGCUGCGGUCGCUCAAAUUUGGCCGCGUCUACCGAUGUGGCAAGUUCCUCUUCAUCGUAGCGCUUUUUGUGAUCCUGCUGAUGAACACUCACAACCUGUUCGCCUCGUUUCAGAGGAACGAGCUCACCGACCGCCGAUUCAUCGGCCUCAACAAGUGUCCGGCCUGCUUCGGCACCAGCUGGUGCCGCAAGUUCAUGAACGGCCAGGUGACCUUCGAGAUGUGGGGUCGCCUGCGUUUCCUAGACUUUUUCAAUGUAAAGAACGUCUAUUUUGCUCAAUACGGGGAACCCAGGGAAGGAACGCGCAGGGUCGUGCUCAAGCGCCUGGGCUCCAACCAAGAGCUGGCAGAGAUCGAUCAGAAGAUCUGCAAACGGGCCACUGGUAGACCACGCUGUGAUCUCAUUCAGGGUAUGUACAAAACGGAGUUUGCCCGACUUAACGGGGACGUAAGACUGCUGACCCCAGAGGUGGUGGAGGGCUGGUCGGAUCUGGUGCACUGCCCCUCGCAGAGGCUUCUAGACCGGGUGGUCAGGAGGUACGCGGAGACCAAGGACUCUGGAAGCUUCCUGCUGAAGAACCUUAAGGACACGGAGCGAAUGCAGCUGCUGAUGACGCUGGCGUUCAACCCCGAGCCUCUCGUGCUGCAGAGUUUUCCUUCCGAUGAGGGCUGGCCAUUUGCCAAAUACCUGGGGGCCUGCGGCCGGAUGGUGGCCGUGAAUUACGUGGGCGAGGAGCUCUGGAGCUUCUACAAUGCACCCUGGGAGAAAAGAGUAGAUCUGGCCAAGCAGCUGAUGGACAUCGCAGAGCAGCUGACCAACAACGACUUUGACUUUGCCCUUUACCUACUAGACGUCAGCUUCGACAACUUUGCAGUCGGGCCCCGUGACGGGAAAGUCAUCGUCGUCGAUGCAGAAAACGUCAUAGUGGCAGACAAAAGAUUGAUAAAGCAGAAUAAACCAGAGAACUAUGACGUGUGGUACGAGAGCCGCUACGAGGAAUGCGACAAAGAAGCCUGCCUCUCCUUCUCCAAGGACAUCCUCUGCUCGCGAGUCACCGUGGACCACAACUACUAUGCUGUCUGUCAGAACCUCCUCUCCAGAUUCGCCACCUGGCGUGGCACCACGGGGGGUCUCCUGCACGACCCCCCUGCUGACGUGGUCAAAGACGGGCGUCUCGCGACCCUGCUGGACGAGUGCACCAAACCUCAGAAACGUUACGGCCGCUACCAGGCAGCUAAAGAACUGCGGGAGUUCCUGACACAACUCACACAGCUGAGCAAUACUAACAGGUAGUGCUGAGAACAAGGGGACGCUGCCUCCUGCAAUAUCCCCUCAAAAAAAGACAUCAGAAGUACUUUUACAAAUGCGCUGCCGGAUUCUGGAACACAUUUGUUCACCUUCAAGGGAGUUGCUGUUUCGUCGCCGCUAUCAGUCAUGCCAACAUUGGUUCCAGUCCUGUCUCCGGGGCUAAUUAAGAAGUUUGCACAUGAACAUGGAUUAAAGGGUCGUGUGAAAAAUCAGCAGACUACAGGCUCGAGCUGCUGUGAUCGCACUAGUGUGUGUCUGUGUGUGUGUGUGACUGUGAGCUGAUGCUUCGGUGAACCCUCACUGCUAUUAACGGUUCUGAUCAGAAUCAUAUAAUGCGGUUUCUAAUUAAUUUAUAAAUUGGGUGCUCUAAGUGCUGUGGUUAUUAUUGAUGUGACACAGGGAGUGGUGAAUUUU